CACCGCUGUGUCUGUCACACUCUCAACUCUUCACUCCACAACGAGUCAACAUGACAAGCAGCAGCAGCAACAGCAACAUGCGUGUCAUGGCAGCCCUGUGCACCAUCGUCAUCCUCAGCACCUUCAUCCGCAGCACACAGUCCACAGCUUGCUGCUUGAUGUACACCAAGCGCCACUUGUCGUGCAGACGGUUGCUGGAUUACACCGUCCAGACCAUAAACACUUCGUGCGACAUCAACGCCAUCAUCUUCCACCGUCCAGGGAGGUUUGUGUGUGCUGACCCUUCAAAGAGCUGGACUCAGAGAGCAAUGAAGUGUGUGGAUGACAUGAAGAGGAGAAUAGCUCAGAUCACCAAGGAGAAAAUACUACAAUAAACUCAGCUGAAUAUAUAACUUUAUUCUACUCAUUCCAGCACCAAAAAAAUAAAAGCCUAGAUAUUA